AUGAAAGAACAUGCUACGAAUGCUGCAAAGAUGAACGCAACAGUUUCGGAAUCUGUUGCUGUCUGCAAAUCCACGACCAAAAAAGUCGAUAAAAUAAUCUUUGAAAGAACUACUUUCAUGGAGAAUUACAGAACUACCUACAACAACAAUACUGCCUCUAUGAAUGAAGCUCUUCAAAACUUGGGGUCAAUGUUAAAAAAUGAGAAGAUCAACUUAGAGAAGAUUCGUAGUGGAUUGCAGCAAGACCAUGCAUCAUUCCAAACAUCCCUCUCUUCGUACAUUACAAAGCUUCAGGAUGAUUUGGCUAUGGAAAGUAAAGUCAUGGAUGCACUGGCCAGGAAGACAGAGAAGGUCAAACUCUUAGAUCAAAAGCUUCAACGGUCUGAGAGACAAGUCAAGGAUUUGCUAUCUGAGAAGGCAGUUGUACGUAGCUGCAUUACAGAUGUCACCAGUUUACUCUCAGAUAUCAUUGAGACCAGGGAAUCAAUGAUUUCUAUUAUGAAACAAGGGGAAGAAGGUGCAUCUAAAGUAGAACCUCCAAAAGUCCUUGCUAAGCCCAUUAUCAAGAAAGAAUCUAAGGGUAAGGAAAAGUUGAUCAAAGAUGAGCCCAUUAUUGAUGACGAUGAAGACGAAGCGCCUAAUGGAGAUGAAUUUAAAAGGAGGAAGGCUCGUGAUGCUGAACUGAAUGAAACUUAG